AUGGCGCAUUUCCAGGAAGACACCUCUCGCGCAAAGAGGAGGAAAAUCGAUGUUGACUCUGCUGCUACGCAAAUGCCAUCUGUGACAAUCACUUCCCACACACAACUGCGUAAUCUCCUCGCCUUCCAGCAGAGUGCUUCCCAGGAAUUGAAACAGGGUGUUCGGUGUUUUAAGGACUUCCUCGCUUCAAUCAACGAAGCUGAGAAAGUGAACGAAAAGGCGAAAAAGCUUCGCAUUCUCAAAACUUAUUGCGAUUCCCAGCUUGUGAACACGGGCGAUGAGACCCAGGCGAGCUGCUUCCAUGAUUUGCUUCAAACAUGGAGCUUUGCAGAGAGCGAUAAUCACGAGCCUCUACUCUCGUUGAUCCCAUCAGUGCUGGCGCUUUUUUUGAAGACGAUUUCUAGCCAGUUAGAGUUUAGGGAUUUCGGAUUGGUCCUGUGCAAGUUUUUAUUGCAAAAAGAGCAACUCAAGCUAUUUAACCGCGCAUUCACCGCGAGCAAGACCAAGGAGCAUUUGAUUUCUCCUUGCUUACGACUUCUUACGGAGGUUGUGGGCUUUGAUGGGGGUGCUGUUGCACGCCUUGUUUAUGGACGGCGAGAUAUCACGUUCAAACGACUUGACAUCUUCCUCAGUGUCCGAAAAUCCCCUGUAGAUCCAGAGUCUGAUGAUCGACAGAAGUCAACACUCCGCCGAAACGCCCAGCGUUAUUUGCUUGCUAACUUGAGUUUCCAAAACGCUACCGCGAAAGAAGACAUCAUCAGCCAAGGGAAACUCAUCCGUGCUUUCUUGGAAGAUGUGCGCAAGGAUUCUCGAGGCAUUGUUAUCGACAUUAUCCGGGCGAUUGACAAGCAUAUUGUUAGCGAUGCAUCUCUUUCCCGGAACGCUAAAAGCCGAUUCCUAAACCGUCAUAAUCUUGAGCGACUCGUAACUCUAUAUGGAUAUGAGAAGGAGUCCGAUGAACUUGUGCUUAACGAGGAAACUGUGCCAAAGGAAAUUCAUAAACUGCUGUUAGCUGUUUGCACGAACUCGGAGAAGGGGGUAUUGCUUCCCGAAACGGGAUGGUACCCUACUGGAAGCCAUCCUGAUGUAUUACCACCUGAUGAUGUUGGUGCAAUUCCCCUUGGGCUUGACUCUCCCGUCCACUUUGAUCAAUAUAAAACUACAGUCCCGAUUCGCAACGGAAACCUAUCGACACUGAUACAGUUUCUCCGCCCAGACUCAGAUACUUUGCAAAUGGAACUUCUAUUAAAAAUCUUCAAAGCUGCGCCCGAGCUAGUAUUUGAUUUCUUCUCAAAACGGACAAUGUUCACGUCUGAUCCUAAACCUACCCCAAGCUGGUUAGGAGAGUCUGCUUUUCUUUUCUCGACAAUCAAACUUCCGAUUCCUGCGAAUUGCGGAUGGAAGGGCAGCCCAGUACUCGUGCCGCCGCCCGUAACUGUUGUGAUCGAGAGCAUACUUCCUCGGCCCCUGACGCAGAAAAUCUUGACAAGGUGUCUAAAUCAAAAUACAGACAUUAUUACUUUAUUCGCAGUUCGAACUGUCACUUUGGCUCUACGAAAGCUACAAAAUGUUCUUCGGAUGUUUAAUGCGGAUAGAAAAACUGGGCAAGAGCUCUGGACCCAAGCGGCUGCAAAACUCGUUGAGGAGUUUUGCCGAAGAUCCCCUUCGAUAAAGGACGUCAUACUACUCUUCCGAAACACUGCAAAGGAUAACCUCCCGCAGCAACAUGCAGUGCUUGAACUGCUCUCCAUGUUUUAUCGAGUCAUUCCCACCGUUGCUCUGGAAGAGAAAUUUGAUAUUUCGUUGAUCCUGGUGGAAGUUUUGAAACAGCUAAAUGACGGCCAAUCUGAGCCCGACGAUAAAGAACUGUUAUUCAGCCAGUUACAGAGCUUGUUGCUUAUUGCUCAGGAAUUGCCCAUGAUGCGUUGGUGGCAGAAACCAGAAUCGCUCCAAUUUUCUGCCUUUGUCUCUGUUUUGCGAGUGCUUACCGAAAUGACCACUAUUCAAGCUCCCAUCCAGGACGUAAAAAUCCUGAUCCAAGAUGUAUUAAUCCAGAACUCUGUUAUUUUAGGCCCAGCUUCUUUUAACGCACUUCUAUUGAGUAUUGGCGUAUCCGAUAGGGCUGCUCUUAUAACAGAACUGUCGUUUCUAGACAACUGUAUUACAAGAUUGAUCAAGAAGCCUGUUUUCUACCUAGAUCUCGCCGAAUCCUUGGUUAGUAGCGGGCAAGAGAACCUCAGUCUUCUUGUUAGUGUUAUCAGCGAACAGUGGCCAUUCGUCAUCAAAAGCGGGCAGCCGGACAAGCAAACGGCAAUAUCGAGUUGGAUCUCCCGGCUUCUUGGACUAUUACACGUGGCUGGAGAGGACGAGGGGGCUUUGAUGAGGGUGCUUGAUUCGGUUAUCGAUAGUACGGAGAAUAGAAAAGCGCGGUCAGCUUUGAAAAGCGCAUUUAAACACGCCAAAUUAGCAGUCGACAAGGAUGGAAAUGACCGUAAACUGAGUACUACAGUUGUUUCUCCCACAUUCGAAUCUCAAGUUCAGAGACCCCGCGUCAAUCUGACUGACAUAUUUGGGGAGCUUCCUGUUGAGAGCGAAUCACAUCCAGUCCUGAAUCGGUGGGAAAGAGAAGAAAUUGAGCUUGCGCUGGAGAAAGGCCAUAUUGGCGACUUGAUGUUUUGUCUGUGUUCAGAGUAUGAAGAAAUCCGGAGGCAGGCAGGCGCAGCAAUACCUCGUUUUAUGGUCAAAAUUCGUGAAUCGACAUAUGAGGAGAGCCAAUCUAUCUACAUUCUUGCCGGAGAAAUUUUGGAAACUGCUAAAGACGUUGGGCUAGAGGCACCGCUCCCGUAUAUUGCUGGUGAGCUUGCUGCUCGGAUACUGAUGGUCCUCACAAACCCGCUUCACACCCUCUACGGCAAGGUGAACAAGUUCUUGAACAAGGGGCCACGAUGGGAGGUUGUCAAGAUUCCAUCUUACUGGAUAGAUAAGAUUUUAUUGCAUGAGUCAGAGUACGAUGACAGCUAUCACGAGGAGGUAGGAUGGUUGCUAGGCUUGUUCAUUAAUGGACUGCGUACCAAGAAGGACAUGGACAUCUACCGACGUGCUAAUGUCUUCGAACGAGUCCUUUCACUCUACAACUCCCCGACUUUGCCUGAUUCCUUGCGAAGGAUGAUACUACAUCUCAUCUUCAGAGGAAGUCAGGUGGAUGGGAGCACUAUCCUAUUAACGCGAAAUGGGGCACUUAGCUGGAUCCAAGGCCAAGUAUCGGCGCACGAUGGCCAGAGCGAUAUUCUCCGGGAAAUUGCCAAUGAGUUGUACGAGAAGUGUGAUCAUGAGUGGCUUGAUCGAUGGAGUGGAUCGUCUUUGCCACUGGUGAUAGCUCAGAUGUCUGCGGAGAACAAUUGA